UCUACGCCAGUCAGCCUCUCCUCAAUCGCCAUAUUGGGUACUGAAGAGGUUUGUCUGUUAUUUCUUCUCCCUUACUACGAGACGAAAUUGACAGGAGUGGCUUCAGUUACCGCACUUUGUUUUGAUGAUCUGUCGAGAGUACUUUGCUCGCAUUGCCAUAUUGGAAGUCAACAUAUCAAUCCAGACCAUUGCAUGGCAUGCAUGCGUUUGUGUUGAUCAGUCAUUUUAUGCACGUUUUGGACCGCGGUGAAAAAACGAAAAAAUACGCAUUUUUUUUGUGUUCUAGCAAUUUGAAGGUUAUUUAAUUCUCGGAAAAUGUCAAAUGUUCGACUUUCAAAUGGGAGCCCGACAUUGGAAAGGACGGAUGCUCGUUUGUCAGAUCACCCCAAACCCACAGCCUGCAGGAACCUUUUUGGUUCGGUGGAUCAUGAAGAGUUAACGAGGGAUUUAAAGGGACAUUUGAAAGAGAUGGAAGAGGCUGCUGCAGCGAAAUGGAACUUCGAUUUUUCAAGUCACACACCGCUAUUGAACGGGAAAUACGAAUGGAAAAAAGUGGAUUCUAAAGACAUUCCAACUUUCUAUAACACACAACAACGGUCGGCGAAGGGAAUUUACCCUUCUGGGAAUAACAAUGUGGAUCUCAAUGGCAAUCAUAGUUGUGUGUUAGGAACUCCUCGGCAGCCAUCUGAAAACGCAGAGAGGUCCGAGACCCAAUUUGAGAAUAAAGAGCAGUGCACCGGCCAGAGAAAAAGACCUGCCUGCCACGACCCCUUGUCCCAAAAUAAAAGGUCCCACAGCAGUUCGGAUGAAGUUACUUGUUGCCCAGGCUUGAUGCGUUCUGUAGAACACACACCCAGGAAAACCAGUCCCAGGACUCAAACGUGAUGAUGACAAAGAGCUGAAGCUGUAUUUCCCCUUUUGUCAUCAAAAAUGUUGGUGUUUGGUGAUUUCUUUUUUCUUUUUUUUUUUUCGAAGAGGAACUACAAAUAAAAUGAAACAUAUCAAUUCUCCAUAAGGAUGGGGAUGCUGUGGAAGCACUGAAUAAAAACACUAAAGUUCUGGCACUCAAAGUUACUGCCUCUAAAAGCAGUUGAUGUAGCAGUGUGCAAUUAGGUUUUAUUUCCUUUUUUGCUCAUUUUUAUUUUUUUUACUACCUGUGUAUAUAUUUCUUUUCAUAUGUAGCACAUAAAAUGUAUUAUGAUUUUUAAAAUAAUCCUUUAUGUAAAAGGUGUGAAUUUGAUUUGACUUGAAGAAUUGCAGUGUAGUUUUGUUUCCAAAAUGCUGUUUUUGUUUAAGGCAGUGAGUAUUAAAUUAUAUACAACUUAAAAUCCUACUCCAUUAAAACAAUAUUAAGGAUUCAAUAAUUGUUACUCAUUACAGUAUCUUCAUAGGUCAUCUCUAUGUGAGGAGAGAGGGACGGUACAUAAUGUGUAGGCAUAUUAAAUUGUAAUUUUUCAGAUCAUUUAAGUUUCACAAGUGUGGUUUCUCAGCCACCCUGCAAAAAUAAGGCCUCAAAUAAUAAUUUUCUGUUAUAACUAAAAAAGUAGCAUGUUAAAUCAGUGGUUCUUUCUUGUAGUUUCUUGAAAGCAAAUAUUAAGGCCUAUUGAUCACUUAAUUUUUUGUUGUAUUUAUGUCUUCCUCACCAUUUUUGAAAAUUGUAGCCAAUGUCUUUUUCUGAAGUUAUGUGAGGUACUCAUUUUCUGAAGGAUAAGGUCUAUGUAAACAGUACUGUUAGUAUUAAGCAGCUUCAUCCUCUUCCAGACACAAUCAAGUGUAUGUGUUAGUUUAAUGGUUGUUAGAUUUUUUUAUUUUAUUUCAUGGGUAGAAUAAUGGCCUGCAACACCAAAUUCAUGGUGGUUUCAAUAUGGCUGUGUCGACGCUUUCACUAUGUCAGGUUGCCAUGACAUUGAAUGAUUAAGAUUUGUCCAUCAACCCCCUUUUCCUUUACAUCGUUAGACUGCUGAUAAGUAAAUGCGGCUUCUGAAAUAAAUUUAAUUUCAUCCACUUACAAUUAGCCUUUAUUGGGAGGCUAAGAAUUGUCUCAGAAAGCAGUCACUGCCUGUGUAUUUUGUGUAAAUCUUUGAAGUGUACCUGUGUACAUAACUUUGUAAAAACACUGAGAAAUUAUACUAACUUAUUUAUGUCAAGCUUUUUUUAUGUAGAAUAAAAUGGGUUUUUGAUUACGGUUAUCCAAAGUGACAUUUACAUUUAUAUUUUUUGUUUAAAAGCAUAUUUUUGUUAGUUUAUUUUUAUCAAGGUUGCAACCUGAGCCUGAUUAAAAUAUUUGAUGUGCAUUUUUAUUGUGUGAUAAGACAUUUUGCUAUCAAUUAAAGCAGAAAUGAAAUCUGAUUUACACUGUU